CCCCGCGGCCUCUCCUCCAUUACACCGCGGCCGCCGAAACGGCCCGGCGUGGCGACCGCACGUGGGCCAAACCCCUUCCCCGGCCGGCACCCCUGGCCCCAGGCCGGCCCGAGCGUGCGGGCGCGUCGCUGCUCGGGCCGCCGCCCGCCCGCAAUGGCGUUGGGGAGCGCAGCGCGCCUCCCGGGGCCGCCCGCCGCGGGCAGGGAGCGCCUGGGGGCCGAGGCGCGAGUGGAAGCGGCCGCCGCAGCCGCCCUGCGCGCUGCGCCGUGAGGAGCGGGUUGCGGUGUACCCAGCGGGCCGGCGCCGAGCCGAGCCGCCGCGUCCACCGUGGGGCGGGGGGCGCCUGCGAGGAGGGGGUGGGAGCCGCGGCGGCCCGACCCUCCCCGCCCGCGGCGCUCCCGCUCGGAUGAACCUCUAGUCUUGCUUUGAAAAAAUCAUUCUGUGUAACUCUUGACUGUGACUAAGUUCCUAAUACACCUGUUGGGACGAUCACUGACACAGUAUACCAUUUGAGAGGUACUUUUCUUGACCCAAUACUGGUGAUUAGAGAAGAGAGGUAUCUUGGUUUUUGGUUUUUUUCUUUGAUCAUUAUGAACAUUGGCUUUUCACCCCUGAAGUGAAAAUGUUGAAAACUGAGUCUUCAGGUGAACGAACCACUCUCAGAAGUGCCUCUCCUCACAGGAAUGCAUAUCGAACUGAGUUUCAGGCACUGAAAAGUACCUUUGACAAACCCAAGUCAGAUGGGGAACAAAAAACAAAAGAAGGUGAGGGCUCCCAGCAGAGCAGGGGGAGGAAAUAUGGCUCCAAUGUCAACAGAAUUAAAAACCUAUUUAUGCAGAUGGGUAUGGAACCCAACGAGAAUGCUGCAGUCAUUGCCAAAACAAGGGGGAAAGGUGGACAUUCAUCUCCUCAGAGAAGAAUGAAGCCCAAAGAAUUUCUGGAAAAAACAGAUGGCUCAGUUGUUAAGUUGGAGUCUUCUGUUUCUGAACGAAUUAGUAGAUUUGACACUAUGUACGAUGGCCCUUCAUAUUCCAAGUUCACUGAGACUCGAAAGAUGUUUGAGAGAAGUGUGCAUGAAUCAGGACAGAACAACCGCUAUUCCCCAAAGAAAGAGAAAGCUGGAGGGAGUGAACCUCAGGAUGAAUGGGGAGGUUCCAAGUCCAACAGAGGCAGUACUGAUUCCUUGGACAGCCUUAGCUCCCGAACUGAGGCUGUCUCCCCAACUGUGAGUCAACUGAGUGCAGUAUUUGAGAACACUGAUUCUCCCAGUGCCAUCAUUUCUGAGAAGGCUGAAAACAAUGAAUACUCAGUGACUGGGCAUUAUCCCUUGAAUUUACCAUCUGUUACUGUUACAAAUCUUGACACAUUUGGUCACCUGAAGGAUUCUAAUUCCUGGCCUCCUUCAAACAAGCAAGGUGUUGAUACAGAGGAUGCUCACAAGAGUAAUGCAACUCCAGUACCAGAAGUGGCUUCUAAAAGUACCUCUCUAGCUUCGAUACCUGGUGAAGAGAUCCAGCAGAGCAAGGAACCCGAGGACUCCACAUCUAAUCAACAGACUCCCGACAGCAUUGACAAAGACGGUCCUGAAGAACCUUGUGCUGAAAGUAAAGCAAUGCCAAAGUCCGAAAUCCCUUCACCACAAAGCCAACUGUUAGAAGAUGCUGAAGCUAAUUUGGUUGGAAGUGAGGCAGCAAAGCAACAGAGGAAAGAACUUGCAGGUGGUGAUUUCACCUCUCCUGAUGCUUCUGCAUCCAGUUGUGGAAAAGAAGUACCUGAAGAUUCAAAUAAUUUUGAUGGUUCCCAUGUGUACAUGCACAGUGACUAUAAUGUGUAUAGGGUGAGAUCCAGGUAUAAUUCAGACUGGGGAGAGACAGGUACUGAGCAGGAUGAGGAGGAAGAUAGUGAUGAGAACAGUUACUAUCAGCCUGAUAUGGAAUACUCGGAAAUUGUUGGAUUGCCAGAAGAAGAAGAAAUCCCAGCAAAUAGGAAAAUUAAGUUUAGUAGUGCUCCUAUUAAGGUUUUCAACACAUACUCCAAUGAAGACUAUGACAGGAGAAAUGAUGAAGUUGACCCUGUGGCUGCUUCAGCUGAGUAUGAACUUGAAAAACGUGUAGAAAAGCUGGAACUUUUCCCAGUGGAGCUAGAGAAAGAUGAGGAUGGUCUUGGUAUAAGUAUUAUUGGAAUGGGUGUUGGAGCAGAUGCUGGACUUGAAAAGCUGGGAAUAUUCGUCAAGACAGUAACAGAAGGUGGUGCUGCUCAACGGGAUGGCAGAAUACAAGUCAAUGACCAGAUUGUGGAAGUGGAUGGAAUCAGCUUGGUGGGUGUGACACAGAAUUUUGCAGCAACAGUUCUCAGAAACACCAAGGGCAACGUCAGAUUUGUUAUUGGGCGGGAAAAACCAGGACAAGUGAGUGAGGUUGCCCAGUUGAUAAGCCAGACACUGGAACAGGAGAGGCGCCAGAGAGAGCUGCUGGAACAGCACUAUGCCCAGUAUGAUGCCGACGAUGACGAGACAGGAGAAUAUGCCACAGAUGAAGAAGAAGAUGAGGUAGGACCUGUCCUUCCUGGCAGCGACAUGGCCAUUGAAGUCUUUGAGCUGCCUGAGAAUGAGGACAUGUUUUCCCCAUCAGAACUGGACACAAGCAAGCUCAGUCACAAGUUCAAAGAGUUGCAAAUCAAACAUGCAGUUACAGAAGCAGAGAUUCAAAAAUUGAAGACCAAGCUGCAGGCAGCAGAAAAUGAGAAAGUGAGGUGGGAACUAGAAAAAACCCAACUCCAACAAAACAUAGAAGAGAAUAAGGAAAGAAUGUUGAAGUUGGAAAGCUACUGGAUUGAGGCCCAAACGUUAUGCCACACAGUGAAUGAGCAUCUCAAAGAGACUCAAAGCCAGUAUCAGGCCUUGGAAAAGAAAUACAACAAGGCAAAGAAGUUGAUCAAGGAUUUUCAACAAAAAGAGCUUGAUUUCAUCAAAAGACAGGAAGCAGAAAGAAAGAAAAUAGAAGAUUUGGAAAAAGCUCAUCUUGUGGAAGUGCAAGGCCUCCAAGUGCGGAUUAGAGAUUUGGAAGCUGAGGUAUUCAGGCUACUGAAGCAAAAUGGGACUCAAGUUAAUAAUAAUAACAACAUCUUUGAGAGAAGAACAUCUCUUGGUGAAGUCUCUAAAGGGGAUACCAUGGAGAACUUGGAUGGCAAGCAGACAUCUUGCCAAGAUGGCCUAAGUCAAGACUUGAAUGAAGCAGUCCCAGAGACAGAGCGCCUGGAUUCAAAAGCACUGAAAACUCGAGCCCAGCUCUCUGUGAAGAACAGACGCCAGAGACCCUCUAGGACAAGACUGUAUGAUAGUGUUAGUUCCACAGAUGGGGAGGACAGUCUAGAGAGAAAGCCAUCAAACAGUUUCUAUAACCACAUGCAUAUUACCAAAUUACUUCCACCUAAGGGUUUGAGAACGUCUUCUCCAGAAUCAGAUUCUGGUGUUCCACCCCUCACCCCGGUGGAUAGCAAUGUGCCCUUCUCGUCUGACCACAUAGCUGAAUUUCAAGAAGAACCACUGGACCCAGAAAUGGGGCCUCUCUCCUCUGUGUGGGGAGACACUUCACUGUUUUCUACUUCAAAGUCUGAUCAUGAUGUGGAAGAAUCUCCUUGCCAUCACCAAACCACCAACAAGAAAAUAUUACAAGAAAAAGAUGAUGCCAAAGAUCCCAAAUCACUAAGGGCAUCCAGUUCAUUGGCGGUGCAAGGAGGAAAAAUUAAGCGGAAGUUUGUGGAUCUGGGGGCGCCUUUGCGAAGGAAUUCCAACAAGGGAAAGAAGUGGAAAGAAAAAGAAAAAGAAGCCAGUAGGUUUUCUGCAGGUAGCAGGAUCUUCAGAGGCAGACUGGAAAACUGGACACCCAAGCCACGUUCAACAGCUCAGACCUCCACUCGUUCCCCUUGCAUGCCUUUCUCAUGGUUUAAUGACAGCCGGAAAGGAUCCUAUUCCUUCAGGAACCUGCCUGCACCUACAAGUUCCCUUCAGCCUUCUCCUGAGACUCUAAUUUCAGAUAAAAAGGGGUCCAAGAAUUUUACCUUCAAUGAUGACUUCAGUCCCAGCAGUACCAGUUCAGCAGACCUCAGCGGCUUAGGAGCAGAACCUAAAACACCAGGGCUCUCUCAGUCCUUAGCACUGUCAUCAGAUGAGAGCCUGGAUAUGAUAGAUGACGAGAUCCUUGAUGAUGGACAGUCUCCCAAACACAGUCAGUGUCAGAAUCGGGCCGUUCAGGAAUGGAGUGUGCAGCAGGUUUCUCACUGGUUAAUGAGCCUAAAUCUGGAGCAGUAUGUAUCUGAAUUCAGUGCCCAAAACAUCACUGGAGAACAGCUCCUGCAGUUGGAUGGAAAUAAACUUAAGGCUCUUGGAAUGACAGCAUCCCAGGACCGAGCAGUGGUCAAAAAGAAACUCAAGGAAAUGAAGAUGUCUCUAGAGAAGGCUCGGAAGGCCCAAGAGAAAAUGGAAAAACAAAGAGAAAAGCUAAGGAGAAAGGAGCAAGAGCAAAUGCAGAGGAAGUCCAAAAAGACAGAAAAGAUGACGUCAACUACAGCCGAGGGUGCUGGUGAGCAGUAACACAUACCCUCUUACAGAUGAUGGAGAUGCUCCAAGAGAAGUCCCCACCUCUUCCUGCCCUGCUCUCCUCCAGAGGAUGAAAAAGAAACUAAAUGAUAAGGGUAAUGCGGCUCUAGGCCGGCUGAGGAACUGUGUUGAAUAACUGCAUUUUCUGCAAUAGAAUGCACUCUUAAUUUUAACUACUAAAAUAAUCCCAAGCCACCUUUGGUUCAUUAACAAACCAGAGAUUUCAUUUAAGUAGCUGUGUUUUGCUCUUCUCUUACUUACCAACAUCUUGUGUUGUGUUGGGUGUGUUUUGUCACUUGGAGAACUAGUGUGACCCCACCCAAGAGCAUGACACACCCUGGUGUUGUUAAUGGAGCGCCGUGAAUUUUCAGUGUGGGAUCCUGAAAUGGCAAUUGCACAUGUCUGCAUGGCAGAGAGCACCCUGCCAUGAGAUCUGAGACCAGUACUUAACUUCUAGGGCUGCAACACCUACUCCAAUGUGUGGGAAAGAUUUGCUCUUAAUUCGCAGUCUGGACAGUGAGACCACCCCGCUGUGGAAACAUGGGUGCUCUGCUCUGUAGUUACCUACUAAGGGAAAAGGCAAGCAAGUCAUUCUGCUUGCUAGGCAUCAAAAAGAAAGAAAAGAAAUUAUAGCUAUUUGUUAACCACUGAAAAAAGCAAAAGGCUUAAGAAUGUGGAUGUGGGUAUUACCUUGGGGUUCUGAGGGUAAUAUUUAUCCUCUAGAUACAGCUGAACAAGAAAGAAAAAAAUCAGACAUUAAUGCAGCCAUGGGAUAUUGGGAUCUGUUGACCUUGCUACUGCUGUGUGUUCAGCAUUUCAGCAACACUGGCAAACACAACACAGUUCCUCUUCCCCCCACCUAACCCAAGAAAUUGAACAGGGAAUUGAUUUUUAAGGAAACCACCAUUUUCAGGUUUCCUCUCCUGGGGAACAUUCUGGCUGGUCUUCAGCCUGCCUAUGUCACAAUCAGGAACUCAUCACAUAUUUUCUACUCAAGAUUUCCCAGGUGGGCUCAGUUAGUAUUUUAACAAAUGUACUUUUAAGAAAAAUAGAAAUACCAGUUAGAGGAAACUGUCAGUUAACAUUUUAGAGAGAUUUUGAAUGGUUUUUCCGAACCAUUCCUUUCCAUACUUCAAAGAUUCUCAAUUUUACAGAAAAAGUUUGUUUAAGGCAGUGCAUAGGAUACACUUUAGUAGUGGGGGAAGUUACACUAAUUUUAAGCCAGUAUUAAGGAUUUCCAUGUUUCACCAAACUAAGUCAAGUGCAGGAGACUGGGGCAGAAGAAGGAGAAAAUAAACUCGUUUUGAGAAAUUUCAUGUGAUGAGGGUUUUUUGUUUUUUAUGCUCAUGUAUCUGGUUCUCUUUGCUGCGUUGACUCUAAAAAUGAGGUUAUCCACUUUCCAAAGGACAAGUUUCAGAAUAAGACUUUAGGCCACAUGAAUUCUUGGACAGUAUUUUACUUCUUUUACUUUAUGGGAAUCUCUGCUCUGUUCCCAGCAUCUCGUAUCUUCCACUAGAAGUAUUCCAUAUUUAGAGCCUCAGCAAGGCUUUUGAGUGUAACAGAUUAAGGGAACUCCCUUGUAGCCCCAUCUUGUAUUUUAAUAACAGUGUGAUUUUUUUUAUCUGAAAAUCUGAAUUCAGAAAUUAUCUAAACUGGACAUUUUUAAUUCUGUUUUACCGCCAAGGCCUGUUUUCUUUUCAUUGCCAGAGUAUUGUCGGUUAUGCAUCAGCUCUUUUGUCAUUAGGUACAGACCAUUCAUUCAAUCCUCAGAAACGCUGACAUGAAGUAACAUUGUGUUUUACAGUUAUCAAAGUCACCAUUAUGUUUUUCUGUCUGUCUUCAUUAGGGGUAUGAUAAUGAAACUCCCAUAUUGGAUACUCUAUUAAUGUCUUGAGAUGUCUGGUGCUUUGUUAUUUUUUAACAUGAGAAAUAAGAAGCCACUAUUAAUGAGCGAUACAAUUUGGCAAAACUUUUCAAAUACUAAAACACUAAAUUAGUAAAAAUCUGGUAAUAUUAGUGCUUGCUAUUGUAAAUUUUUGCCAUUUUUGCUUAUCUUUGGGAAAAAAGUGACCUGGAUCACACUGGAAGUUUCACUGUAUUCAAGAGUAGAAAUAGAAGGAUGAUUAUCUUAAGUUAUGUUUACACUUUGGUAAUAUUUGAAAAUGGAUGUAUAUACUGGAAAUGUCUGUAAGUGUCUUGUUUUUGCACCUAAUUUAUGAUCUAUUAUAUUGCAUUUUCUUAAAUAUCUUAGAAGUAUUUUUCUUUAUAACUUUGUAUAUUGAAUGUUUAGGUAAAUGUCCAACUGACAAUGUUAUAAAUCAAAUUCUUAUUCCUUAAAUCAUUUAGUAUUAUAAGUAUUUUGAUUUUUUAAGUUAAAUUAUAGUAAUUUUAGGCCUAAAUGAGUUAUUGUAACAUUACCACUUAAAACGGAUGAAAUUGUAAAAGUCAUUUGGUUUGAUUGCCCCACAAAGCAUAAGAUAUAAACUGAUUAAGGGUAUGAAAGCAAAGUGAAAGACCUCGGAUCUUGUGCACAUUUUGUUUUCCUAUUAUUUCUUUUAUUGACUGUAGUGCAUGAUACCUAAUCAAGGCUCCAAUGUCUUGCACAAUUCCUACUUUAAUGCUAGUGGUUUUCAGUGUCCUUACAAUUUAACACAGAAUUGUUAUUUCAUCAACCUUAAAAACUGCAGUUUUUUAUUAUCAGAAAAUGAACAAAAAGGGAAUAUCUGGUUGCUAUGAACUGUAUUCCCUAAAGGAGAGCUCAGUAUGAUUCUAACAAUAGCCAAAAGUGUUUUGGGGUAUAGGUUAUGCUUUGUUGGGAGGGAAUGUGUGGCGAGGAGGCCAAGCUGCAGACAGAAAGCAUUGUAUGAGCUGUAUCUGGGUCAGGGUUUCCCAUUAAAGGAUGUUAGUUUUAUAACAGAUUACUUUGUUUAAGACCAUCUCCCUUCAAGUAACUCACAGUUUAUGUAAUACUAAUCUCAUUCUUUUUUUACCUGAAUCAGGAAUUUUCUGCAGAAUGUUAAGUUAGGGAAGAAACCUCAUUUCAUCCAUUCUAACACUCCUGAUGAAGUCCCCCUUUAGUUUCAUGACAAUAAAGCUGUUCUGUGGCUAUCAUCCUUUAGCUGGGAUUGACAUUGAUUUCACACCCUCAACAUCACAAGCUUUUUUAACCCACAGCAGUUCAUGAUUGCAGUAUGAUAGGUACUAAAGCCAAACUCAGCUUUCAACUGGCACAAAAUGGGACUGUCACCUUUUGCUCCAUUGUUGUUGGAAACAAAGUGGCAAGAGGGAAAAUGAGGAACCAGAUUUACCUUUGCCACUAUCUGUGACCCUGUAAUCAUCACUAGCCUGAAAUCUUAAAAUAUCCCAGUCCCAAGCUACAAAAAUGGUCACAGGUGGUUUGAUCUAGCACCUCGGCCAUUAGAGUUUGUGCUGAAGACAAAUUUGUCUGGGUUCAUUGUGCACCAGAAUUAACAUGUGCUUGAAAAUUGCAUUUUAUAAAAGGGAAAUGAAAAUUUGCAUUUAUAUAGAUUCUCUGAUUCAUGUUUAAGUGUUAAAGGUUAUGCAGACUAAACUUCAAGAGGAGAUCCAGUGUUUAACAAUAGUGUUCUAGAGGAUUCUAAAGGAAGCUGCCCCAGCAACCCUGAGAGAACCAUCUAUACUUUGGAUAUGUUGUAGCCCCAUCAUUACACUGAGAUAUUUCCAUUUGAGUAACUAAAGGUACUCCUGACAGAGCUGCAGAUGAGGGGCAUUUUGGUGGGCAGUGGUCACUAGGGUUCACGUCACCUACUUAAUGCAAAGACCUUAGUGGUCUCAGAAUGAAAAGGUAAAAUGGAAGAGAAAAGCACAGUCCUUUCCUGUCUUUUCAAAUUUACUUUUUAUUAAGGAUGUACCUGUGCACUAUUCUAAAGCUAAGCAUUUAAGGAUAAAGUCCAGAAAUAAAAUGUCCCUAUUUUCUUUUCUUUUUUUUUUUUUUUUUUUCUGUCAUCUGUCACCCAGACUGGACUGCAGUGGUACCAUCAUGUCUUACUGCAGACUCAAACUCCUGGGCUCAAGUGGUCCUCCUGCUUCAGCUUCCCAAGUAGCUGGGACUACAGGCAUGUGCCACCACCCCCAGCCAAAACAUCCAUAUUUUCUAUUAGAAUGGUUUACAUUAUGAUGGGGGAUGGGGAGCUGGGGGAGGGCUGUACAUUCCCAAAAGAAAGUAGUGUUAUAGGAAAUCCAAAUGCGCUUCAGUGAUUCACUCCUGAAAAGCAGCCUGGGUAUGUUGGCAGAUUUUGUUUGCAUUUGUCUUGCGUAUUUAAAGUCUCAGGAAAUCUAGUCUUGGUCCAAAACACUGGAGAAAAAAAUAACACCAGACAAAACACAUUUGAGUAACUUGAAGUAGCAGCAUAGAAUAGGCCCAACUAAGAAGUUGGAGGGGCAAAGAGAAAGCCGACAGAAUCAGCUUCUCCUGGAGAGUGAAAGCAUCAAGUUCUAUUUAUGGUAGACAGAGGGUCCUUAUUUGCUUGUCCGUGGUGUCUAUGUGGGCCUAUUGAGGGAAUGGUAGUUACUUGAAGGUUCACAUAUGUAAGCGUGUGGACCCAGCACAGUCUGUGACCUGAUUCCAGAUCCUCAAGAGUGGAGAAGGAAAGAAAUAUGAUGAUUUCCUAUGCUUGACCCUAACCCAACCCCAAAACUGCUAGGGAUUCAACAGUGAGUAAGAUGUAUGGAAUACGAGAACAGAUAACUUCUCAACAAUGUGCAUGCCGUUUGUGUAGAUGUUCAGCUACAUAUGUGUGAAUAUCACUCCCACCUUACAUGUGCACACACACUGCAAUCACAUGGCAUUAAAAAAUAUAUUGUGUAUGGAACUUGGCGAGGUCAGUCAGGACCUGGAGCUGUAAUCAUAGCCUUAUUGCCACUUCUUGCGUUGUGUAUACAUUGAAUGGCUCAUAGAUUUUAAGAGAUUUUUUUAUUGUAAGUAUUUCUACUAAAUGCACUUAUCCUUCUAUAUGUUUAUAUAUUUUGGUAAAAUUGAUUUAUCAGAUACUUAGUAUUUUAGUAAGAAAAUUUCCUCAAAUAUUUGGCUAAUGCUUUGAUGUCAAGACUGCAUAUUGCUGAGUUGGAGCUCAGAAGAAAUGUAUGCAGCUAAAAAUUGCACUGUGUGUUCUUGUGAAUUUGCUCACAAUUCUAAAAUGACAUAAUUGGUGGCUGUGAUGCUUAAAGUCACUGCCUACUGGCUCUCUUAUGAUGAAUGUUGACAUCAUAUGAUCAUUUAUUUACUUUUUGUGCAAGCGAUGGCAUUUUGGUUGUUGCCAAAAACAACACAAGUGGUUGGGAGUGUAUGUUGUUGGAAGGUGUACACCUCUGUUUCUUUCAGCUGUAUUAUUUAUACACCCAGGUUUUCUGUUAAGGAUGUAAUCAUUCAUUCAAGAAAGAACAAUUGGCAAGAAAUAAUUAAAUUACCUUAAAAAGAAUUAAGAGGCACUCCAGCCAGAUAACACCUCCCAACAACAUGAAAUUUAGUUAGUGCUUAGUGAAAUUCCUUAAAUAUAUAUAUAUGUAUAUGUUUUCUUCAACAUUAAUAUCAUAACUACUGCUUUUAUAUUUUUUAAUGGUGUUGCAACCACUUGUACACCUGCUACACCCUACUGACAAAACUGGGCAGCUGAAAAUAAAAGAGAAUAAAUUCUAUUCCACUGUAAGAAGUUGAUUUCUUUUCAGCUUUCUUUGUAUAUCAGUAAAGAACACGAAUUGUUUGAAAAUAAUUUUAAGUCUGAUAAGUAUGGAUAGCAUGUUACCUAAGCUUUUAAUUUGUACAUUUUGAUGUCUGAUCAUUUGCAUGGAAGAGACAAUAGUGCCACGUCUGAAUUGUUCUCUUGUGCUUGGUUAAUAUGUACUUCUCUAGAUUGUUCAAAAAGUUUCAAAUGACAUUCCUUACUCUUUGGUUUUCAGAGGCAUUCAAGCAAAAUAUCACAGUGGUCCUUUGUUUUCUGACCAAUCUAACAAUACCUGUGAUUAAAUUUAAUUUGUUAGUGUAAAUAAAUUUCUUGCCAAUGAGUAUUAUUGUUGUUAGACAACGAAUGCAAUAAAAAGAAAUACUGAGGUC